GAAUUAUCGGUAAGGUGGUCGAAACGUCUAUGAAAUUUUUUUUCCACGAGCGCUGACCACAAAAACGCUAUUUGACACAGCAUGUCUACAUCACGGAUGGAAAUCAAAUUAGGAAAUAAAAAUGGAUGGAGAAUGGACUUCAAAUCACACCUUUUUCUUGUUCUAUAUAUAAUACUUUAUAAUCAAAGUAUUUUUGGAAAUGUUGAGGCUUUAAUCGGAGAGAACGUUCGACAAGUAACGGAAAGAGAAUUUCCUUUUGUAGUUGUUCUUGCAUUACUGCAUACAGAUGAUACAUCAUUCAUUAAGCCAUUCGGCACCGGAAGUCUCAUUACAAAUCGAGAUGUCAUAACUUGCCGGCACUGUUUGGCCGAUAAAACAUAUAGUUUGGUGCGAAUAAUGGUUGGAUCAGACGAUAUUAGAUUAUGUACCGGAUAUGGUAUUUAUUGGACACAGUGGUAUGAGGAUUGGGCUCGGCACAAUAAUGUUCCUCUUAUUGAUGAUCAAAAUGAUGUUUCGAUAAUAAGGCUGUCCGAAGCAGUACCGGAUGACAUUAAACCAGUAGCUCUGUCUACAUUGUCAAAUGGCGAAUUAUUCGAUAAGGAAGUUUCACUAGCUGGAUGGGGUAAAAAAAAUGAAACAAAUAUGCCUUUAAUUAUGGAAACGGCUACUAUUAAAAUAUUAAUUAAUUAG